ACUGGAGGUCAUGUAAUAAAGUGUGUCGUUGGUCUUGUUGACUAGUUAUCCGUGUAAUCCUAUGGAUACUGCGAAAACAAUACUGUUUUAGUAAUCGCACUGUGCCUCUUGAAUCAGUCAUGUCGCAAGCAUCGUCUGGAUUCACUCCGGGUGCUCAAGUCCCACAUGCGUCCAGUAAGGGUCCUUUUGGGGCUGCUUACAUUCCCAAUGAAGAAGAGAGGCGUGUCUUCAAAGAGUGCAAUUCAGAAAGCUUAUGGUACAGAUCCUUGCCAUUUUCCGCCAUUGCAAUGGGAGUCACUCAGGUAAUGGUAUCAAGAGGAAUACUUGCUCCAUCACCCCGAUUUGGCUCUCUUCCAAAAGUUGCCUUGGCUGGCAUAUUUGGAUACAUUGGUGGGAAAAUGUCUUACAUGAGGGUCUGUCAAGAAAAGUUUAGGAAACUGGAGAACUCCCCACUGGGAGAGGCACUACGACAGGGACGUCUGCCUAACAUGGCUUCUGCGACAAACCAGUCAGAAUUUUCAGAGCUAAACACAUCAGAAUCUCAACAGUCUGGUUCUGAGUCUGUUUCUCAACCUGCAACAGAAGUCAGUUCUAUGCCUGAGAGCUACAGCAGUUACACAAGUGACUAUACCUACAGCAGCCCCUCCCAAUCAUACGACCCCACUCCUUUUAGUUCUGGAUUCAGUGAUUCUGGUCCCGUUAACAUCAGGGAUGAUAAUUCUUCUCAAGCGCCGUUCUAUCCAGAUGAGGAUGUGCCUAAGAAGAAGCCAGUGUUGUAUGAGGAACUGCGUAGCAAGAACAGAGAGAACUAUGAGGUCACUCUCACACAAAAAGCUGAAACACUGCUGAAACCACAAAGAGAGGUGGCGGCACCUAAGGAAGUUAAAAAGAACCAGUAUGGAGAUGCUUGGGAAGAGUAAGAGUGACCUGGAGAAUCAACUGUCUGAAGAGCUCAAGAUCCAUACGCAGUGACUUGUGUGGAGUUGUCACGCCUCGUUCUGCCAGAUCAGACCAAAAGCUGCAAUCAAACGCUGAACUGCUGAAGAUGAUUGUAUUUUAAGGAGCAAAACGUAGUUUGGGAAAUGAUUAAUGCAAACUUGUUAGAAUAAAAAUGCUUUUGAUGGCAUAUGUGGUUUGAAAACAAAUGUUUAUCUUCUUGGCUUCUAGCUUUAAGUGGAUUUAAGCUAAAUCAUUUGAACAAAGUAUCAGUGUUUUAUUGAUUAGAACAUUGUCCAAAUAUGCUUGAGAUUUGUUAAUAAAUAAAUACAAGUACUUUAGAUACGACAUUCUUCAAUAUAAACCCAGGAAAAUGGGGAUGGAAGAAAAGCGUCAAAGUUGAUAUAUCCACUGAAAUUAUAGUCCAGACAACAUUAAAGCUGUGCACAAGUGACGAUUAUGACAGUGUUGUAGGUUAAGACAGUAGAGGUAUUUAGACUUGGACCCAUGAUAAUAAUGACAGCAUUCACUGAUGUUGCAGUUAUUACAGUCAUGUCCUCUGAGCUGGAGAUAAAGAUAUACAUGUUCUGAGGUUUAAAGUCUUUCGUUUUUUUAUUCUUUUGAUUAAGAUUCACAAUUAAAUGUUAAAUUCAAUUAAAACCUGUGAUAAAUGUAAUUCAUUCACUGUACUUUGAAUCCUUGUUUGUGAAGGUAAUUAUGUAUAUAUAUAUAUAUAUAUUUGUUUUGUUUUUUUUGUUGUAAAGGAGUCUGUGAUCUGGAUGACUUCUUUCUGCUGUACAAUAUUAUGAUUCAACUCAAAAGGCAACUCUUUACUGUCAUAAAAUUGAACUGAAACCUC